AUGAUCAAUUUACAAAUGCACAACAAGUUCAAUGUUCCUUCAAUAAGUAUAAUAGUGUAAAAGAUGUGUCUUUGUCUUGGUCCUGUUAAAUCGGGUAAAACAUUUUUAAUGAAACGGUUACAAGGAGAUGAAAUAGAUAAUGCGACACAUACUGUUUCUACGAAUGGCAUAAAUCUUUUUACAAUAAAAAAUAGUACCGGAGAAUUUGACAUGAUUAUUAAAGAAAUAGGUGGUAGUAUGGCACCAAUAUGGAAACAUUACUUUGAAAAGACACGGAAGCUUAUUUAUGUAAUAGAUACAAGCAAUCUUUGCCAAAUAAGCGCGGCGGGAGUAUUACUUUACUCAUUAUUACUCGAUCCUAGACUGCGAAAUAUAAAAAUCGCAUUAACAUUGAACAAAAUGGACCUUUCUUAUCGUCAAAUGCGCAACGAAGCCUUACUUAUACUUCAUUAUUCACGUCUACAAAAGGAAGCUACGCAAGAAUUAUCUAUAUUUGAAACUAGUGGAAUGACAGGUCAAGGUAUCCAAGAAUUAAGAAACUGGUUGUUUGAUCCAAUCACUUUAAAAUCUGCAAUAAAUGCAAGCAACAAUUAACACCGAUAUAAUUGUAAUAUAAAUCAUUAGCAAGUCUUUGUCAAGUUUUACAAUUUAUUACGCUCAAAAGUGGAAGUAUUAUCAAAAGUGAAGUUCAUUAAUUGAGCAUAUGACAUUUUUAUAACUUGACGUCAAUGUAACUGAUUAUUAACUUAAUUAGUCUUUAACAUUUUAAGACAUUUAAAAACAAAAGAUAAUUGUCACAGUCGAUCAACAAGUUUUUAAAUUCAUUUAAAAUAAGUACUAUUUAAAUAAAUGUUAUUAAUUAUUGUAAGAAAUACGUUAUCUUCGAUAUCACAAUUAUUAAAAUAUCGAAAUAGGUGCACAUACUGACGAAACAGUAAUUGAAUCGCGGUUUUGUCAAUUUGUAUGAAUAACAAAUCCUUAAAAUAAGUUCAAAAACUUUCUGACCAGUUUUCACAUAUGCAUAUAUAAAUAUUUGAAGUAAACUGUUAUUAAAAAAUUAAAGUACAAGAGUACAGAUGUACAUAACAAAGCAUCUUCACAAGAAUGGAAAAGAAGAAAAAUGUAUUUUCCUACUUUCUUGUACUAUUAAUGAUAAAUAGAUAAUUGUAUAUAAAUUUUUUAAUUUGUUACCCAAACAUUUAAGAUUUUUCUUAUCAAUCUAUCUGUGAGCUUUUCAAAAUAUAAUAAACUAUACAAAUCAGCCAAAGAACUA